AAAUUUCCACCAAUCAGCACUCGCGGCUCAAAAUUCGAACGUUAACUCGUUGAGAGUCUGCUAGUGAUCAGAGAGAAAACUUAUCAUCCGCUGCCAUUUUGAACUAAAUAGCACAUUUGUCUUAUUCACGCAUCGAGCAGCUUGUCGAUACACACAUGCUGGUAAGUCGAUUUAUUUUAUAACGUCCUCCUGCGGCUACGGAAGAUAGAGCGUGCGUGUGGUUGACGUCAAGUAGCCUGCUAACCUAGCUAGCAGGUUAGCCGAGUCGUUUGUUUUGCUAAGGUUUGUGGUCACAAUGCUGCGCUGCUGAUUAGCCGGACAACCCACAAACGCUUGAAACCCGAUCGGAGGUCGUGAGCCAUGGUGAAAGAACGGGCCCAGAAGAAGUCCUUCCAGCAGAGUCUGGAGGACAUCAAGGACAAGAUGAAAGAGAAGAGGAACAAACGGCUGGCGAGUGCCACGGCUCCCAGCAGAGGACGACCCAGAAUCAUUCACAAAAGCAGCGGGGUCAUCUCCACACACAACAUCCUGAACGGUGUCCAGCAGAACAACAAGGCGCUGGCUGUAGCCCUGCAGUCUGAAAAGGAAAAAGUGAGACAGGCCAACGCAGUGAUCCUGCAGCUGAAACGAGAGCAACAGGCUCUGUUCCUUCACCUGCUCCUGCUCAAGAGGAAGCUCAAGGAGCAGGAAGCCCUGACAGCGAGCACCUCAGAGACAAAAGCUGCAAACAUCUCUGUUGAACCUCAGCACCACAGGAAUUCAGCAAGGAGAAAGCGGACCAACCAGAACCCUGAUGAGCCCGUUGUUUGCAAAGCCUCACCAAUAAGUGCAGAGCCUCAGACCUCUGGACAACGUGGAUGUGACAAGCAGGCUACUUUACCAUCCUCAGUGGGUGUACGCCGUCGGCACACUGACAGAAGAAACAACAGGAGGUCUGAGCGUGUGCAGGAACAGAGGUUGUUGAGUGGGGGUGACGCCGCAGCAUGCUUAGAGACUUUAAUAGCGAGUCCUAUUCAGGGUGAUGAAAAAAAUCCAAAUCAGCCACAGCUUGGUCCAGAAUCAGAACUUGCAGAUCUCAUUGACAAUGAAGAGUUUCAGCACUCUACCCCUGAACAAGUCCCGCCUAAAAAAAUCAACCACCAGCAGCCCAACAGGAAACAAGCCCAGCGAGAGCCGCGCACCAAACCAGAGGUGCCUGCACGGAAAGCUGAGAGAGGCCGCAGACCAGAGCGUGCUCAGUUAAAGAAACCAUGGGAGAAUCCCAAACCCAGAACCCGCUCCAAGAGUCGGGACCGUUCAGCCACGCGUUCCAGAGCAGCACCUCCAUCGCAGGGCAAUAAGCUCAACACAUCACUGGGAUUUAAUGACACGUUUGACUUCGACUGUGAAGAGACGGUACACGUCACACCGUUCAAGGCGAAGGCUGAGGACAGUCAACCGGCCACACCAAUCAGUGAAGAGGCUCCGCAAAGAGAACAGGCCCAGACUGAUGCACCACAUGUCACUUCCAGACUGAAUGAGUCGAGCUCGUCAUCACCAUCAUCUGAAUCUGAGGACAGCCUUUAUGUUCCUCAAAAAACCAGGGGGAGACAGACUUCACUGGGCAAGACCAAAGGGAUCACCACCCGUAGAGGCCGGCCCAGACAAAAGGAAAACAUCCCUCCAAAAAAAGAGAUCUCUGUCUUUAGAGAUGAGGAAUCAAGUCCUAAGACUGCAGAGCCUGAAGAGAAAGAAGGUCAUCUCCCUCACUGCCCUGAUUUGAGCUUCUCUAACAGCCCUAACCCUGAGGGGGUGGAACAGGAACAUCACCAAGAACCUCACAGUGAGAUGAUGGAGGAGGAUUGUUUGCUUCCUGUCAGCCCACUGGUUGAAGCUGAGAUGAUGAGAAUAGACAACGUCCUGUCCAACUUCAGAGAUUCCACCAGCGACACUCCUCUUUUACCACAUCAAACACCUCAGCGGAUCAAGGCGUGCAAGAAACGUGGGCUUGGUGUAAGGACAGCAGGGCGGGGCUUGAGUCUGUGUGAUAUGACCAAUAUGUCCCCUGCAGCCUAUCGCAAGUACCCCUCUGAUGGCAGAUGCUCCACUCCUGUCCCCACUCGCAAGCGGCGCUGCACCAUGGUGGUGGACUACAAGGAGCCCUCGCUGAAUGCGAAACUUCGGCGGGGAGACAAAUUCACAGACCUGCAGUUCCUCAGUUCUCCUAUAUUCAAGGAGAAGACUGACAGGGGGUCUGUGCAGAAAUCAAGGAACUCUGUGAGCGGCAAGCAGACGUUUGAGAAAUACAAUGAGUCAUUUGUCGGCUGUCGCUGAAAGCAGCGACCUUGUUUUCAAGUGUUUGCUGACAUUGUCAGAGUUUGGUUUUCAUUUGCAAGGUUGCAUCUUUCUGUGAUAUAUGCUAUAUAUAUAUAUGCGUAGGAUGCGUAUAUAUAUAUAUACGCAUAAUUUGACUGUGAGCAGGAGAAGAUUGUUUUCCCUUAACUUUUCAUGUUUCAUACUUUUACUUAAAUUCUCUCUUCUCUCCUCUACUUCCUCAUUUUCCGAAAAUCGGAUUUUAAAUAUGUUGUGCCAUCAUACCUAAAUGAGUAUGAGCUUUUCUGAAUAUGAGCACGUUAAUGUCUUUUAAUAAAUUUAAUCUAUCCCUCAU